GUGCCCGUGUCCCAGUUCCGCGGCCGCCGCCUGGGCCUGGACGGGGCGGGGCGGGCCCGGGGCUCCUCCAUGCUGCCAUCCCCCGGCUUGUGGAGCCGGCCGGGUGGCUCCUGCGAUGGCGGCGGAAGAGGAGGCUGCGGCGGGAGAUAAAGUGCUAGUAGAAGAGAGCCAGUGCAUAACUUCUGUGGUUUCCGGUCGUUUGACCCCAGGGAUAAAGCCAACAGCUAUUGGAUCCUUCAGCCCACAUGUGACAGAAUUUCCAAGGAAACGCAAAGGAAGCGAUUCAGACCCAUCCCAGUCUGGAAUUAUGACAGAAAAAGUGGUGGAAAAGCUUUCUCAGCAUCCCGUUACCUAUCUUCUCUCAACAAGGAUAGGAAUAUCAGCAUCCAGUGGCAACAGAAUGGAAGAUGGUGAUCAGCAAGUAAAAAUGAAGUCCUUCAGAGAAACUCAUAGCCAAACAGAAAAGCGGAGGAGAGAUAAAAUGAACAACCUGAUUGAAGAACUGUCUGCAAUGAUCCCUCAGUGCAAUCCCAUGGCACGCAAACUGGACAAACUUACAGUUUUAAGAAUGGCUGUUCAACACCUGAAAUCUCUAAAAGGCGUGCCAAAUUCUUAUGUAGGAGAUAAUUACAGGCCUUCAUUUAUUCAGGAUAAUGAGCUCAGGCACUUAAUCCUUAAGAUUGCAGAAGGCUUCCUUUUUGUGGUUGGAUGUGAAAGAGGAAAAAUUCUCUUCGUUUCUAAAUCAGUCUCCAAAACGAUUAAUUAUGAUCAGGCUAGUUUGACUGGACAAAGCUUAUUUGACUUCUUACAUCCCAAAGAUGUUGCCAAAGUAAAGGAACAACUUUCUUCUUCUGAUGUUUCACCAAGAGAGAAGUUAAUGGAUGCCAAAACUGGCUUGCGAGUUCAUGGUAAUUUCCACACUGGAAGGACACAUGUGUAUUCUGGCUCAAGACGAUCCUUUUUCUGUCGGAUAAAGAGUUGUAAAGUCUCUGUCAAAGAAGAGCAUGAAUGCUUACCCAACUCACGGAAGAAAGAUCAUAGAAAAUUUUAUACUGUCCACUGCACUGGUUACUUAAGAAGCUGGCCUUCAAAUAUUGUUGGAAUGGAAGAAGAAAGGGACCAUAAGAAAGACAGCAGUAAUUUUACUUGCCUUGUUGCCAUUGGAAGAUUGCAUCCUUUUAUUGUCCCACAGAACAAUGGAGAGAUCAAAGUCAAACCAACUGAAUUUAUAACCCGAUUUGCAGUGAAUGGAAAAUUUGUCUACGUAGACCAAAGGGCAACAGCAAUUUUAGGAUAUCUGCCUCAGGAACUUUUGGGAACUUCUUGUUAUGAAUAUUUUCAUCAAGAUGACCAUAGUAAUUUAACUGACAAGCACAAAGCCGUUCUACAGAGUAAGGAGAAAAUAUUUACAGAUUCUUACAAAUUCAGAGUGAAAGAUGGCUCUUUUGUAACUUUAAAAAGCCAGUGGUUUAGUUUCACAAAUCCUUGGACCAAAGAACUGGAAUAUAUUGUGUCCAUCAACACUUUAGUUUUGGGACACAGUGAGACUGGAGAAGCAUCAUUACUUCCUUGCAGUUCUCAAUCAUCAGAAGAGUCCUCUAGACAGUCUUAUAGUAGUAUGCCUGGAAUGUCUUCUGGAAUAGUACUUGGUGCUGGUAGUAUUGGAACAGAUAUCGCAAAUGAAGUUCUGGAUUUACAAAGGUUACAGUCUGCCUCAUCCCUUGGUGAUUCAGGUCCAACAGAUCCAAUGAAAGAUGGUACCAUGUUAAACUGCAGGAAUGUGAGUACACUUGUGUCAAAUAAGGAGUUGAUUCCACUAAGUCCUUCUGAAAUAGGGGAGCUAGAAGCUGCAAAGCAAAACCAGAGCACCGUUGCUCUCCACGGUAACAAAUCACUCCCCAAUGAUGGUACUCAACUGGAUUUUGAUGCCCUGUGUGACAAUGACGACACAGCCAUGGCUGCGUUCAUGAAUUAUUUAGAAGCGGAAGGGGGCCUGGGAGACCCUGGAGACUUCAGUGACAUCCAGUGGACACUCUAGCAUUUGAUUUUUAACUCCAAAAAUGAGAAACAUUUUAAAGCAUUUCAUUUACAAGAAACUGUAUAUUCUUCAGUACUGUAUUGAUACUGUUUUUAUCUUUUAUUUCUAUUAAUGUUCUAUCAAAUUUUAUAGAUUUGCACCUUACUCUCACAGGCGUAUGAGGAAAUAUGUUCUCCCAAUAGAACAUCUCAGAGUUUAUUACAGACCCUUUUACUCAGUGAAAUGGCUUGAAACCCACUAGUGGCUAUAUUUUUGCUAAAAUAUUUUUAACCAAAAAUAUCACAUACGUAUUGUUUUGAUUUUUGAUGUACUUUUUUGAAUUUGAGAAAUUUAAUAUAUUGACAUUUUCCUUGUGUCUUAAGAUUUGUUUCUAAUAGUAGAUGUGUGUUAUUUGGAAUGUUUCCAUUCCUUGCGUAUUUCAUUCCUAAUUGAGGAUAGGGCUUACACACUUUAAGAAAAUGGUAAGUACUUGAACACUUAAAGGGACAGUGCAAUUUAUAAUCAUAUUCACAAUGAAUACCAAAUUUCAUCUUUGUAGACUUGGGCAAGAACAGAGCUAGGAUACUUAUGUUUGGUUGAAUACUUUGGGAUGGAUUUUAAGUGAGAAAAAUUUUUAUUUAAAACUCAGGAAUAAAAAGUUGUCCUUCAACUUCGCUUACAGAAAAGGAAGAGCUGUCUUGUGCCCUAAAUCUUAGUGAUACAGAAUUUACUCUUAAUAUAACCACUCAAGAUUUUCAUUAUAGAUAGGUUUUUGAUACUGAAAGGGUGUAUUUAGUGAUGGAUUAGUUCUAGAGGAAGAAAACAGGCCCAGACAGAUCAAGUGUCUUGUGUAAAGUCAUACAUUAAAUUAUAUAUAUUUUAAUGUUUACUGUAUAUAAAACAAUUUCUUUAUACACAUUUGGGAAAGCAGAGGUCUCAGUGGUUAAAUAAUUAACUGACCCAGGAACGAGUUGAGGCCUUUUAGAUUAUUAAGUAAAUACAGUUAUCAUUGCAUGUAAUCGAAGGUAAUGACAUAAAUUGUAAGUACAUUUUUAAAACCAUGAGGCAAUGAGAAAUCAUCUAAAAACCAAUUAUCUUGCUAUAAUUAAAAAUUUGCAGAACAUUUUUCAACCAGUAAUUAUUCCAGAGGUGGCUCAAACUGAGUGUAAGAAUUAAGAAUAUUUAGAAUACUGUUUGUCUACCUUUUUGAGGAUCAUGCAUUCAUAAUACCUUAUUUCUUAUUAGCUCUUUUUGCUCACCAAGUGUGUUCCUAUAUAUUCUCUUUCGUACCUCACAAACACAAGUAAGACAGACUGGGAGAAUAAUGAGGGAAACCCUGAGGCUCAGAUGUGGGGUUCAAAUCCAGCUUUCUUUCCCAAUAUGGUGCUUCACCUUUCCAGUGAAUUUCCCUCAGAGCUCCUCACUAAAACAAAGCAUUAUUUUGACCCUGCCUGAUUAGGCUGUAGGUGAUAGAUUAGAACCUCUGUCAGGCAUGUUAAUAGCAAACAUACCAAAACGUUAUAACCAAAAGCGAAUGUUCUCUUCAAGCAUGGAAUCUGCAGUGGACAUGUGGGCAAGGGUGUACUGGUAUGCUGUACUCUUGAGCUAAUACAGUGUUCCUCGUUCUGAUACUUGAGGCCUCAAGAGCAUGAAGGUGUAGAAUAAGCCAAAAAAACAAACCUCUGGAAGAAGGGCAUUGGUUUGCAGCAGUCUAAGCAUUAUAAUUAAGUCUCCAGAAGCCUGAAAGAUCACAUCUGUUCUCUAAGUCAAGCAGGGGGACCUGUCUACCAAUAUAACAUUUUAGGGGAUUAAACCAUAGAUAGCAGGUUGGCCUCAAGAGGGUCUACGCAAGCCAGUGGUAGCAUGAUAGGCCAUUGUGGUUGGGUGCCCUCAAAGGCAGGCAGGGCAGAUUGUCAUGAUGCAAGGAUUAGAGACAGUUUCUAGAAGCAAGCCAUUGCUGCCUUGCACAGAAAGUUUCUUCUCUUUACAAGAGGAGGGGUUAUUUCAUUGAGCAAUGGGCAAAUAGCCAACUGAAUGUCUUCUGCUUGGUUUGAUCUUUUAUUAGAUACUCAGAUAUUUUCUGUAGAUUCUCUUGCCUUGGAUUCAGAAUACAGUACUCAUGUACUGUAUGAUACUGUAGCUCUCCCAAGUUUAGUGUUUUCUCAGAAGGGAUUCUAACUACAAACAUUUGAUUACUGUUAUAAGCAACAGGUAUUUUUAUGGCUUAUACUAAAUGUUUGGAAGCCCUGGUGGCGUAGUGAUUAAGUGCUAUGGCUGCUAACCAAAGGGUCAGCAGUUCGAAUCUACCAGGCGCUCCUUGGAAACUCUAUGGGGCAGUUCUACUCUGCCCUAUAGGGUCACUAUGAGUCAGAAUUGACUCAAUGGCAGCGGGUUUGGUUUUUUUGAUUUUUAUACUAAAUAUUACUUUUUUCUCCUGCAAAUUGAUUUCAUGCAUUUCUGUGAAAAAUAAUACAUCUCCAAGUUGAAUGGAAGGAUCAUAAGAAGAGCACUCUCAUUCUUUUUUUUUUUUUUUAACCCUUAGAAUUAUUGCUACAAUAAUAUUGUUAUUAGGUGCCAUCGAGUUGGUUCCAACUCACAGUGACCCUAGGUAUAACAGAAUAAAACAUUGCCAAGUCCUGUGCCAUCCUCACGGUAGUAGGUACGUUUGAGCUCAUUGUUGCAGCCACUGCGUCAACCCAUCUUUUGAAGGUCUUCCUCUAUAUCACUGACCCUGUACUUUACCAAGAAUGAUGUCCUUCUCCAGGGAUUGGUUCCCACUGAUAACAUGUCCAAAGUAAGCACAAUGAAGUCUCACCAUCCUUGCUUCUAAGGAGCAUUCUGGCUGUACUUCUUACAAGACAGAUUUGUUUGCCCUUCUGGCAGUCAAUGGUAUAUUCCACACCAUAAUUCAGAUGUGCCAAUUCUUCAGUCUUCCUUUUUCAUCAUCCAACUUUUGCAUGCAUAUGAGGUGACUGGGUCAUAUGUACCUUGGUUAUCAAAGUGACAUCUUUGUUUUUUAGAUUUUGAAGAAGUCUUUUGCAGUAGAUUUGCCCAAUGCAAUAUAUCAUUUGAUUUCUUGACUGCUGCGUCUGUGGGCAUUGGUAUUGCUGAUGCCUGCCCUUUGUACAGUAAUGUAAUGAAGUAGAAUGAAAACUCACAAUAAGAAGACCCUGUUCGGCUUACAUUUAACUAUGAUCUCAAGCAAGCCAUUUUAGUCUCCAUGCCUCAGUUUCCUGAAUUAUGAAAGAAGUUUUGUCUCUAACCCUGCUCUGAUCCUGUGAUUCUCAUUCACAGAACUUGAGCUUUAGUGUAGGACUCUAGAACUGCACUGCCCAAUAUGAUAGCCACUAGCCACAUGUGGCUAUUGAACACUUGAAAUGUAGCUAGCACAAAUUGAGAUAAGCCGUAAAUGUAAAAUACAAUGUGAAUUUUGAAGACUUAGUAUAAAAAAAGAAUGUGAAAUAACACAUUAACAAUUUCAUAUUGAUUACAGGUUGAAAUGAUAAUAUUUUGGAUAUACUCUUGUUUGGUUGUUAGGUGCCAUUCCUCAACUCCGACUCAUAGUGACCCUGUGCACAACAGAUCGAAACACUGCCCAAUCCUGCAUCAUCCUCACAAUCGUUUUUAUGCUUAAGCUCAUUGUUGCAGCUACUGUGUCAAUCCAUCUCAUUGAGGGUCUUCCUCUUUUUCACUGACCCUCUACUUUACCAAGCAUGAUGGCCUUCUCCCUCCUGAGAACAUGUCCAAAGUAUGUGAGACGUAGUCUUGCCAUUCUUGCUUCUAAGAAUCAUGCUGGUCGCGCUUCUUCCAAGACAGAUUGGUUUGUUCUUCUGGCAGUCCCUGGUAUAUUCAAUAUUCCUCUCCAGCACCACAAUUCACAGGUGUCAGUGCUUCUUCAGUCUUCCUUAUUCAUUGUCCAGCUUUCACAUGCAUAUGAGGCGAUUGAAAACACCAUAGCUUGGGUCAGGUGAACCUUAGUCUUCAAGGUGACAUCUUUGCUUUUCAACACUUUAAAGAAGUCUUUUGCAGCCUGCUGCUUCCGUGGGUGUUGAUUAUGGAUCCACUAGGUCAAAUAAAACAUUAAAAUUAAUUUCACGUGUUUGUUUUUUGCUUGUUUAAUGUGGCUACUAGAAAAUUUAAAAUUACAUAUGUGGCUCAUAUCUGUUGUACAGUGCUGCUCUAGAACAUUUUAUUGUUAACUAUUAUUAGCUUGAAGUAGACCAAAGGAUUAUGCCAUAAAUGAUAUUUACCUCUAAAUACUGUUGUUUAAAGAACUAUUAUUUAUUGAUCUUGAUGCAGUACAAUCAAGUAGCUGUGAACUCAUGUACCAAAUUUAAAACAUUUUUUAAAAAUUAUUAACACUUGAAAAAUGUUAUCCUUUUAUUACAUGAUAAUACCUUGAAAUUGACUACCCCCUGUGGUAGCCACGGAAAUCCUGGUGGCAUAGUGGUUAAGAGCUGCAUCCGCUAACCAAAAGGUCAGAAGUUCACAUCCACCAGGCGCUUCUUGGAAACCCUGUGGGGAAGUUCUACCCUGUUCUAUAAGGUCACGAUGAGUUAGAAUUGACUCGACGGCAACGGGUUUUUUUUGGUUAUGGUAGUCACUAAAUUUGGAAAUCUGUUGAGAAACAGACACAUGGGAAAAUACAGAAUAGAGAGAAUUUUAGUAAGCAAAUGUGAUAAAGGUGUGUAUUUACAGUGUCCAAAGAGGGAAAGGCUAUAGUGGUUGUCAUAGUUUUGAAGAAUCUCUGUAGGGCCUGGGGCACACAUAUAUGAAAUAGCCAAUGACCAGUUACUAAUGGUGACCAGUUAUGAGUCCUACUUUAAAGAGUUAUCUACCACGCAGGUAACUCAUCGUUGGGCACAUUUGCCUAGUACAGUAUCAGGGGCAGAAUAGGGCUGACAUCUAGAAUUAUCAGAAGCCAUAAAGAAAAACUGCUAAAUGGCCACUAGGUGCCACUUUUCCCUUUGUAUAGUACUUUGUUUUCCUUAAUAGGUUGAUUUUUCCAAGCUACCUGGAGACUGUGAGAGGCCUGGGUGACUUUUGUGCCUAGGUUAAAUCUGCCUCUCUGGUAGUUCUGAGUAUAAAAAUUCACUGGAGGUUCUUAGAGGUAUGUACCUUUUGUGGGUUGUUUUAUAAGGAGCUGCUGUCUAAGCGAAGUCUGGGAAGAUCCUUCCCUUUGGCUUAGGGAGCCUUUCCAGAUGUGGCCUCAGUUAAAGCCGGCCUUAGAAAGAAAACCUGGGCAACCUGGAACCUGCCUUCUGAACUCAUUGCUAUUGGGGAGUAUGGUGUAUGUAUGUCACUGCUCAUACAACCUUGAGUUUACGUUUGUCUUUUAUACAAUUUUUAGCUCUCUUCCAGUUCACUUGCACUGUGUAUUGGUGUUUUUAAAAAUUUUGUGGUAAAUAAUGAAAAGAGUAAAAUUAAACUAUAUUUUAUAGUAAUUACUAGUUUGGAGGGUUUUUUUUUUUUUUUUAGAAUAUUAACGAACGCAAAAAGCAUGUCCUUAAUUUUUUUUUUAAUGUGAAAACAUAGAUUAGUGAAAAGAUCCAGUGCACUCAGACCACUGGGCAGAGAGGGGCAUUGGACUAUGUUACUAUAUGCGUUUUAGGGUGUACUUAUCAGGGUAACAGCUGUAACGACCUCUAAAUCUCUGUGGCAUCACCCAAUAAAGGUUUCUUUCUGGCUCACAUCCCAGUCUGAUGUCAUCACUGCUGUCUA